UGUCAUCGGCUCAUCGUUGCACAAAUUUGCAACUGAACAAUAAAUAGUUGUUUUUAAGUUGUCUAUAAUAUUAUUAGUUUUGCUAACAGGGAUAAAUACAUUUAAAAGAAGAUAACAUAUAGUAAUUCUUUUGAAAAUGUGUGCGACUUUAAACGAUUAUAAACUGAGUUGCGAGUUGUAUGGCCAUUCAAUGGAUGUACGCUCAGUUGCUGCCGGUUGGGAAACUGCGGAAGGACAAAUAAUAAUUUCAGGUUCUCGCGACAAGACAGUUAAAUUAUGGAAACGUUUGGGGCAAGACUACACAGAAUCCGUCACCUUUCAAGAUCAUAAAAACUUUGUAGCUUUUGUUUUCUACCUUGACUCUGAAAAAUGGAUUUGCUCAGCUAGCAAUGAUGCCACCGUCGCCAUUUACAAAGAAGGCGGUUUUGUACCCAUACUAAUUCUCAAAGGGCACGAUUCCACAGUUUGUUCAAUUGCGGCUGGAGCGGAGCCAAAGACUCUUAUUACCGGCAGUUGGGAUAAAACAGCACGUAUUUGGACUAUAAAAGAGACGGGCGAUGUCACUUCGGUAGUGUUGCGUGGUCAUGAAGCAGCAGUAUGGUCAGUCGGUUGUCUCGUCGAGGCAAAAAAAUAUAUUACUGGUGGAGCAGAUAAGUGCAUAUAUUACUGGAAUGCCAAUGGCGAAAAACUGCGCAUGUUAAAAGGGCACAAGGAUUGUGUUCGUGGUAUUUUACCUAUGAGUAAUAACUCGCUUGUUUCAUGUGCCAAUGAUGCGGUUAUAAAAUAUUGGAAUGAUGAUGGUGAAUGUGUAAAAGAAUUGAGUGGACAUACAAAUUACAUAUAUUCGGUGGCACCGAAUUCUGCACUGGGUGAAAACGUAAUAGUGUCGUGUGGUGAAGAUAGUACAUUACGUAUGUGGGACUUGUCGAUUGGCGAAGAAUUGGGAGAUGCCAUUGUUCAUCCUGCACAAUCCGUAUGGUCUGUAACUUGCUUAAAGAACGGUGACAUCGUAACUGGCUCAAGUGAUGGUGUGGUUCGUGUAUUCACAAAGGAUCCUGCACGGUAUGCAAAUGAAUCGUCCAGUAAAGCAUUUGAACAUGCGGUGGCUACAAGAAAGAUUCAAAUGUCAGAAGUAAUUGGCGGAAUAAAAAAGACUGAUUUACCUGGUCCUGAAGCUUUACUCACAAACGGGACACGAGAAGGUCAAACAAAAAUGGUGCGUCACCAGGAUGGUUCGGUAAAGUGCUACGCUUGGCAGUUGGGUCAAUGGACUUUAGUUGGUGAUGUUACAGGUGCUUCAGGUGGAUCUCAAGCCUCUUCCGGCAAAACCUUGUACGAAGGAAAGGAAUACGACUUUGUUUUCUCUGUAGACAUCUCAGACACUGAACCUCCAAUUAAGCUGCCCUACAAUAGAGGUGAAGAUCCUUGGCAAGCUGCGCAAACAUUUAUACAUCGAAACAACCUACCACAAGCCUAUUUAGACCAAGUUGCGAAUUUCAUAAUUAAAAACUCGCAAAGCGCUGGCAACGUGUUAUCUCAGUCGACCGCUAGUGGUUACCAGGAUCCCUUCACGGGUGGAUCGCGAUAUGUACCUGGUAGUAGCAAUCAAAAUUUAAAUGCAGCAGGUAAUGUUGAUCCGUUUACUGGUGGUUCGAGUUACUCCACGGCUGCAUCGCAUUCACAACCAAAACCAGCAAUUAAUUUCAUUAGAGGCAGUGAAAAACAUUUUCCCGUCAGCAAUUACGUAACUUUUGACAAUUGUGAUCCCGCCAAAGUGUUGGAGAAAUUGAAGGAAUUCAAUAAUAAACUGACCAAUGAGAGCGAAAAAGUUUCGGAUACGUUAUUAAACGCGAUUAUUGCACUAACAACAACUUCUCCAGAAGUGGAUACAAGCUCUGUGGAAGCGCUGCAUCAUUUAUUGCGUUGGCCUAAUGACAUCCUCUUUCCCGUUCUGGAUGUGGCCCGUCUGGCUAUACGUCAUGAGCCAAUAUUUUCGAUUUUGAACUCAUACAAUUUCCUAGAUAACAUUCUGCCAAAAUUGAAUUCAUCUGCCGCUAAUACUUUAAUGAUAGUACGUUGCCUAGCGAAUAUGAUGCGCCACGAAGCUGGUCGGAAACAAAUCGAACCUCGCUUUGCUGCCAUAGCGGCACACAUUGAUCAAAUUAAAAGUGGUAGUGCGAAUUUGCAGAUAGCCAUCGCAACAUUCUACUUAAAUGUCACAAUAUCUCAGACACUAAGCGUGGCGAAAAGUGAAUGUUGUCGUAUAGUAACCGAAGGCGUCGUCGAAUUGCUGAAAUGGGCUAUUGACUUGGAGGCAUGUUACCGUGCUAUUCAAGCCAUUGGUAAUUUAACAACUACGCCAUUCGGUCAGGAGACGGUUGCUAUUGUCGUAUCGGUUGACUAUGUUAUGGACAAAAUACGUGAAUUAACUAACACUCCUCAAUCGGGCGUCUACGCCAAACUCAAUUCUGCGGGCAGUGCCCUACUGGCAACUUUCUGAGUAAAAUAUGGAAUGUAUGCGCUGCGCAGAAUUUAUAAAACGAUAUCCAGAAAAUGCAUUAAAUGCAAGCUUUGUUUCACUACCAUUUGAUAAAAACACAAAAUAAAAAGUUUAAAAAGUAUAA